CGGCGUAUUAUGCACAAAUGUUUACAUUUAGAUGAUAUCACCGCAUCAGUAUCCGCAUCCCAGCUGAUCAGUGAGUGAGUACAGUGCCAAAUCCUACCCUUUUCUUAUUCGUUAUCUGCUGAAAAAAAAAACAUCAACAAAACAGUGAUAGGGUAAAGCAUAAUCAAUGGAUAACACUGCAAUAGGAGCUUUACAACAGGAAUGGGAUUCUUUCGGACGAGAAUGAUUCGCUUCUCCCUGUACAAGCUGACAAUUUUAAUUUUUCUUCUGGUUGCCUUUUUCUACAUCGCCCACUGGCAGAUCGCUUUACAUAAUGGAAGCGAGGCACGUUUCCAGCGAUUUAUGCGCACCUGUAAUGUUUCCGAUGCAUACCGGGCCGAGCUGGAGCAGCUUUUCGAGAAAAUCCACCAAAUCCUAGACCGGCAAGGCUUAACGCACAUUCUCUGCUACGGUACGCUGUGGGGUCAAAUUCGUUUGACCAAAAUGCUACCCUGGCGCAGGAAAGCUGAGUUCUGUGUAUUCAACGAGGAACUGAUGGUGCGAGAAGAGGCACGCUUUCUGCGCUACUUUUACUCUAGUAAUCUCAAAAUCUACUACAUUCAUUCGGAGGGGGUCUAUCGUAUUUUUACCGAUAGCCCGGAAAAGUCGCCCUACGUGGAACUAAUCGUUUUCCAGCGGGAUAAUUCGCAAUCUAUGUACAAACGAGUAGGUUGGAAGCGACGACUCAUGCCUCCGCACUGCGAAUGGACUCCAUCGUUGGACUGUUUCCCGACACAUUUACUGGAAGCGUCACUUCCGAGAAGAAAAUUGGGAAAUCACUUCUAUAGCGUUCCGAUGGGUGGCAUCGAGCUGCAGAAGUAUCAUUACAGUCAAAAUUGGUGGAAGGAUGUGCGCGUGUUCAAUUGUUGAAAUUGUGAUAGAAUAGUGAAGCAUAGACCGAAUUUGUUAGGACACAUAAAUCAUCGAAUAUAAAUUCUAGAGAGUUGAAA